AUGGCUCUUCAGUACCCUAUGUUGUUCCCUUAUGGAGACAGUGGAUUCCACUUACGGAUUCCAUAUGCUGGUGAAAACGAAAAGACGAUCCAGAGAGAAUAUCUUACAGUCAGAGAGUACUAUGCAUACCAGCUCCAAACAAGGUUGUCUGAAGGGAAAACAAUGACUAGAGGAGGUCGUCUAUACCAUCAGUUUAUAGUUGAUGCCUAUACAAUUAUAGAAGAAGAACGUCUAAAGUUUAACAGGCUUAACCAAAAGAAGCUUAGAGCUGACCUUUAUAAUAAUGUCUGUGAUGCGGUUGGAAGAGGAGACUCUGAUUCAAAAUCACUGGGAACAUUCGUAGGAGGUCCAAGAUACAUGGUCAAAAAUUAUCAUGACGCAAUGGUGCUGUGUCGAACUUAUGGAAAUCCCCAUCUGUUUGUUACUAUAACCGCAAAUCCGGGAUGGGAAGAUGUCAAAGAACAUCUGCAAAAAUAUGGAAACGACACAGCCGAUGAUAGGCCAGAAAUCACUACUCGUGCAUUCCAUUCCAGCCAAGGAAGGAACUCAUUUUGGACUACUGUUUGCAGAUUAAAUUUCUCAUACUUACUAAUACUACUUUCGUAUCCAUAA